AUGCGGAAGAAUGAUGUUCGAUUUCCCUUCGGUUGCAGUCGAAACUUUGUCGUCGUGAAUACGACAAUUUGUGCGCUGAAUUAUGCGGUCGCUCCGUGUAUCCAACACCAAUCACGGUUCUCUUUCUUUAACUAUGUCUAUCGUCAAUUCUUGACAGCAUUGAGCUGUCACCGAAGUAUGGGACAUCGGCAUAACCAAAGUCGUAAAGCAAUGCGAAUGAUUGCACCAACGACACGAAGAUCCGAUCAAUUUGCUGGUAAUCCAGCCGCGCCACUAUCACGCUAUUCUCACCCCCAGCGAGCCCAAAAAUAA